AUGGGUAAAGCCGACGAGAAGGGUCCGCUCCAGUAUGAUCUGGACGCGCCCGCUCACACGCUGCCGUUCGAAGAUGUCCUCCAGAAGCUCUCCGUGAACCAAGAGUCCGGUCUGUCCGAGGCUGAGGUGAAGAAUCGACGAGCUCUGUACGGGCAGAACCAGCUCGAUGAAGGGCCCGGUGUCCAGCCUUUCCGCAUCCUAGUCCACCAGGUUGCGAACGCGCUCACGCUCGUCUUGAUCAUGGCCAUGGUUGCUUCUUUCGCUAUCCGUUCAUGGAUUGAAGGUGGUGUGAUAACCUUCGUCAUCCUCUUGAACAUCAUCGUUGGCUUCUUCCAAGAAUUUAGCGCCGAGAAGACUCUGAGCAGCAUUCGUGCGCUGGGUUCACCUACUGCACGCGUUAUCCGCAAUGGGCAGUCAAUUGUGGUGCCGACGGGCGAGCUCGUUCCCGGUGACAUUGUCGAGUUGAUCACUGGUAACACAGUGCCUGCCGAUCUAAGGGUGAUUGAGUCCGUCAACUUGGAGACCGAUGAAGCUCUCUUGACCGGUGAGUCCUUGCCUGUGGCGAAGACGUCUCAUGGCACCUACGACAAGGACAUCGGCGCUGGAGACCGUCUCAACAUUGCUUUCAGCUCCUCCACUGUGACCAAGGGUCGUGCGAAGGGCGUUGUGAUUGCAACGGGCAUGCGCACUGAAAUCGGCAAGAUCGCAGCAGCGCUCAAGAAACAAGGUUCCAAAAUCCGGCCCGUCAAACGCAAGGAGGACGGAUCUGCCGGUUUCCAUCGCUAUGUCCAGGCCUGGGCCCUCACGGGAGGCGACGCUAUCGGCCACUUCCUUGGCAUCAACACUGGCACUCCACUUCAGAAGAAGCUCUCCAAGCUGGCCCUCUUGUUGUUCUUGAUUGCUUGUAUCUGCGCUCUCAUCGUUGAAGCGGCCAACAAUUUCUCCUCGAAGAACGAAGUCGUCAUCUACGGCGUCGCUACUGGCCUCAGCAUGAUCCCCGCCAGCUUGAUCGUCGUGCUUACGAUUACCAUGGCCGUUGGCACCAAGCACAUGAGCAAGAGAAACGUCAUCGUGCGAAAGCUCGACAGUCUCGAAGCUCUUGGCGCUGUGACCAAUAUCUGCUCGGAUAAGACUGGUACUUUGACACAGGGCCGCAUGGUCGCGAAAGCCGCCUGGGUUGCGGGCCGGGGCACCUUCAGCGUCGGUACUACACGGACGCCUUUCGACCCGACCGUUGGCGAGAUUACGUUCCGUGAGGGACCUCCGUGCAACCAGAACUCGACCGAGACAGCCCUGGAAGCUUCGAAACUGCAAUCUGGAGCCGUAUCCAAGCAGUAUGCCACCACUGAGCGCUACAUGAACAUUGCCUCCAUGGCGAACGUCGCCCACGUACAGUUAGUGGACGGCAAGUGGACCGCCCGCGGAGAUCCCACAGAGAUUGCAAUCCAGGUCUUCGCCUCUCGCUUUGGCUGGAAUCGUCACGGCCUUGUAGGUGGCAACGACGACAGCGAGUCCGGUGACUGGCACUGCUUGGCUGAAUAUCCCUUCGACUCGGACUCGAAACGCAUGUCGGUCUUGUACGGUAGGCGCACUGCGGAUCGCGAGAAGUAUGCUCACCGUUGGGUCUUCACUAAGGGUGCUCUUGAGCGACUGCUUCCCCUCUGUGUCGACAUCCAGGACGAGAACGCCCAGGCCCGGCCGAUGACCGACGCGGACAAGAAGAAGAUCAACGAUAGCGUCGACUAUCUCGCCAAUCAAGGGCUUCGAGUGCUCUGCCUGGCAAGCCGCGAAUGGACGGAGCCUGAGAUCGCCGACUACAGCGACGUCAAGCGCGAGGUUGUUGAGCAGAACCUCACCUUCUGCGGCCUCAUCGGUCUCUACGAUCCUCCACGACCUGAAUCCGCCGACGCUGUUGCCGCUUGCAAGCGCGCAAGCAUCGUUGUUCACAUGUUGACUGGCGACCACCCGGGCACUGCCACGGCCAUUGCCAAGCAGGUCGGCAUCAUCCCAGAGCGGUUCGAAAAUCUAGCGGCCGAUGUUUCGCAGUCCCUCGUCAUGACGGCUAUGCAAUUCGACAAGCUCUCUGAUGAUGAAGUCGACAAGCUGCCCGUUCUUCCACGUGUCAUCGCUCGUUGCACUCCCCAGACCAAGGUCCGCAUGAUAGAGGCUCUCCACCGCCGAGGACGCUUUGCGGCUAUGACCGGAGACGGCGUCAAUGAUUCCCCAUCGCUCGUUCGUGCCGACGUCGGUAUCGCCAUGGGUCAGUCAGGCAGCGACGUCGCCAAGGAUGCAUCCGAUAUCAUUCUCACCGACGAUAACUUCGCUUCGAUCUUGAACGCCGUCGAGGAAGGCCGUCGUCUCUUCGACAACAUCAAGCGCUUUAUCCUUCACGUUCUGGCCGAGAACAUCGCCCAGGCCACAACUCUCUUGGUCGGUCUUGCUUUCAAGGAUGCGGCAGGCAACUCCGUCUUCCCCUUGGCUCCGGUCCAAAUUCUUUGGGUCAUCAUGGCCACUAGCGGCAUGCCUGACAUGGGUCUCGGAAUGGAAGUAGCCGUGCCCGACAUCAUGGACAGACCGCCGCAUGACCUAAAGACAGGUGUCUUCAACGUCGAGCUCAUUGUCGACAUGGUCGUGUACGGCGUCUGGAUGUCGAUCCUCUGCCUCGCUUCAUUCGUCCUGAUCGUCUUCGGUUUCGGCGACGGCAACCUCGGAUCGAACUGCAAUAACGCCUAUUCGGAGGACUGCGACCUCGUCUUCCGAGCUCGAGCUACGACAUUCGUCUGCCUAACAUGGUUCGCCCUGUUCUUGGCCUGGGAGAUGGUCAACUUCCGUCGCUCAUUCUUCCGCCAGCACCCUCGCGGCGAGAACUACCGCUGGUACCAUGUCUUCUACCAAUGGUGGGAGGACAGCCGCAACAACCCCUUCUUGUUCUGGGCUAUCAUCGCAGGCUUUGUCACCAUCUUCCCGACCCUGUACAUUCCCGUCAUCAACCACGCUGUGUUCAAGCACCAGGGUAUCAGCUGGGAAUGGGCUGUUGUUGUCGUAGAAGCCAUCCUCUUCUUCGCCGGUUGCGAGGCCUGGAAGUGGUCGAAGCGAAUCUUCUUCCGCAGGCGCGAUGCCAAACGCGGAUAUAGAGGCGAUCUGGAGGCUGAAUAUGAUGCCUCCGGCGACAGGAUGGGUACGCCCAAUUCUUCGUCUGACACUGCGACCGCCGGGAGAGACGAGAUGAAGGAGAUCAGCACCGUCCACGAGGGCAGCGCGACCUCGUCGCGGCAAUGA